AUGGCGACGCCGGAGCCGGAGGAGGAAGGGGGCGGUGGGGGGUUGGAGGUGAAGUCGGGGGCUCGGCCGCCGUGGGUGGGGCUGGGGGCGGCGGUGUGGGUGCAGAUGGCGGCGGGGAGCGGCUACACUUUCCCUCUCUAUUCCCACUCGCUGAAGUCGGUGCUGGGGCUAACGCAGCAGCAGCUCACCAUCCUCGGCGUGGCGAAUGACGUCGGCGAAAACGUCGGCGUCCUCCCCGGCGUCGUCUGCAACCGCCUCCCCCCCUGGGCCAUCCUCCUCGUCGGCGCCGCCUGCAGCUUCCUCGGUUUCGGCGUCCUCUGGCUCGCCGUCAGCCGCACCGUCACCACCAUACCCUACUGGCUCGUACGCCCUCUCUCUCUCUCUCUUCCUAUCUCUCUAGGGUGGUCGUCCCCCAGGAUGAAGAUGACGAGGUUUUCCUGGUUCUGCUUCUGUUCUGGUGGUGAUCGGCAGCUGUGGAUCGCGCUGGUGGUCGCCACCAACAGCAGUGCCUGGCUGGGGACGGGGGUGGUGGUGACCAACAUGCGGAACUUCCCGCUCAGCCGGGGGACGGUGGCAGGGCUGCUCAAGGGCUACGCCGGGCUGAGCGCCGCCGUGUACACCGAGAUCUACGCCGGCGUGCUUCGCAACUCGUCCACCGGCCUGCUGCUGCUGCUCACCCUGGGGAUCCCCGCCGUCUCCGUCCUGUCAAUGUACUUCAUCCGGGCCUGCGCGCCGGUCCCCGGUGACGCCGCCACCGACCGCGGCCACUUCCUGUUCAUCCAGCUCGCCAGCGUGCUGCUGGGCAUCUAUCUGCUCACCACGACCCUGCUGGAUGACGUCCUGACGGUCGGCAGGGCCGUCUCCUAUGCCUUCGUCGCCGGCAUGGUGGCGCUGCUGCUCUCUCCCCUGGCCAUCCCACUGAAGAUGACCAUCUUCCCGGCUAUCCCAUCCCUUCCUCCGCCGCCGGAGAAGGAGGAGGAGUCGUCGCCGGAGGAGCCGCUGCUCCGGUCGGUAUCCUCGUCGUCGGCGAAGCUGCAGGAGAGCGGCGACGAGGUCUCCGACGUGGACAUCCUCCUGGCGGUGGGGGAGGGCGCGGUGAAGAAGAAGAGGAAGCCCAGACGGGGGGAGGACUUCGACUUCCUCGAGGCCCUCGUCAAGGCCGACUUCUGGCUCCUUUUCCUGGUUUACUUCCUCGGCGUCGGGUCCGGCGUGACCGUCCUGAACAACCUCGCCCAGAUCGGGAUCGCCUCCGGCGUGGAGGACACCACCAUCCUCCUCUCGCUCUUCAGCUUCUGCAACUUCCUCGGCCGCCUCGGCGGCGGCGUCGUCUCCGAGCACUUCGUCCGCUCCAGGGCCCUCCCCAGGUCCAUCUGGAUGGGGCUCACGCAGCUGGCCAUGGUCCUCGUCUUCCUCCUCUCCGCCUCCGCCCCCACCGCCACGCUCUACGCCUCAGUGGCGCUCCUCGGCGUCUGCUAUGGCGUGCAGAUCUGCAUCAUGGUGCCGACGGCGUCGGAGCUCUUCGGCCUGAAGGACUUUGGGAUCAUCUACAACUUCCUCUCCCUCGGGAACCCCAUUGGCGCCUUCCUCUUCUCCGGCCUCCUUGCUGGCUACGUCUACGACCGGGAGGCGGAGCGGCAGCGCCGCGGCUUCCACGACGCGCCGCCCGGCAGCUCCUGCGUGGGACCGGGCUGUUUCAGGCUCACGUUCCUCUUCCUGGCCGCUGUCUGCGGCCUGGGCAGCCUGCUGAGCGUGAUCCUCACCGUGAGGAUAAGGCCCGUGUACCGGAUGCUCUACUCCGGCGGGUCCUUCCAGGUUCGCCGGAGCCCGAAGCGCUGA